CCUGUCGUUGUCACGGCAACACACAAACAGACAUGGCGUCCCUUUUAACAGACCCUUUGUUGGAAAUCUCCGGACAGGGUCCUGCACCCAAUCAGAACUUUUAUCAUUUUUCUGUCACUAAGUCAGAUGUGAUAUGGAGAUGGUGGAAAAUAUCACCAAGAACUGCAGACAGGCAUUCCAGGCCAGGGGAGUUGAAGCAGUCUCAUCAGGACUUCUUGGAUGACACUCGGCUGCACAGUGAGGUCCAUAUGAUUUUUGGCCUUCGAAUCUUAGAGUAUGCCAAAGCUUUGUGCCAAGGCCAUUAUAAUUAUCUGGAGCACUUGUCUGACUCGUUACUUCUGCGGAUAAUAAAUUAUCUGGAGCUCGAGGAUGUGGGUCAGCUUGGACAAACGUCACGCAGGUUCAGAAAGCUAUGUGGGUCAGAGGAGUUUUGGGAACAGACGGUGCGUCGGUGCUGCAACACAGUUUCGGCUGAGGUGGCAUCUCUAGCAUUAGAAGUGGGCUGGCGUACCAUUUUCUUCACCAGCAGGUUACAGCUUCAGAAGUCGAUGAGGCGCAGGAGGCUCAAGACCGAGGCAUAACCGGAAGGACAGGCCUCCGACUCAGACACAGAAGAAGAAUCUUCUGAUGAAAGCUUGGAGAUAAACCAGGCAUCCUGUUCUGAGGAAGAGUCUCACCUUGACAUCUGCAAUCUUAAACUCGACACUGACACUGGUGAUGGCUUUGAGUCCAGCUCUCACCGUGAUGCUGACCUUGAUCCUAACUCUGAACGAGAGUUUGGCUCUGAUUCUAGCAAGUCUCUGCCUGUCCAGUUCUUUGAGGGCACGAGCUAUUGUCAGGUUGAAGCCCUUACACAGAACAGCACUGAAAUAGGAGAGUGCAGUACAGAUCCAGACAAGAUACUGAGUUAAUCCUUUUAUCAGAUGCGCCUAAAUCCUGUAGUUUAGGUUUACUAUUUACAUUACUAUGCCAUUUCUGCAUAUUCAGUAGCCUAAAAUUAGUUUUUAUCUGAAGUUAUCUGUGAUUAAUAAAUUGUAAACUUAU